AUGAGCCUGACCUCGCGGUUGUCCAAUCUAUUCGCCUCAGACCCAUCAUCACAUCUGAUACCCGUGUCGCAAGAGGCUGAUGGCAGUGAGCACGAUGCGAUUAGUGACGACCGCACAGAUGCGCCAAUUGCCAGGAGGAUCAAGAGAAUGCGCACAAUGGAGAAGGCGGAGACGGACGAGGACUUCGAGCUGGAACGUCCACCAUAUCUCCACUCAAUGCUUGCUGGAGGGAUUGGAGGCACAAGUGGUGAUCUGUUGAUGCAUUCUUUGGACACCGUCAAAACAAGGCAACAAGGCGAUCCUCAUUUUCCUCCCAAGUACACCUCGAUGUCAGGGUCUUACCUCAAGAUCUUCAGGCAGGAAGGCCUACGGCGCGGAUUGUAUGGAGGAGUCACAGCUGCUAUGUUGGGAUCAUUUCCGGGCACCGUCAUCUUUUUUGGGACCUAUGAAUAUUGCAAGAGACACAUGCUUGAUCGUGGGAUCAACCCUUCGAUCUCGUAUCUCACUGGAGGUCUGGUCGCUGAUUUUGCAGCGUCGUUUGUGUAUGUGCCGUCUGAAGUGCUCAAGACUCGCCUACAGCUUCAAGGCCGAUACAAUAACCCCUACUUCAAUUCUGGCUACAACUAUCGAACGACGUGGGAUGCUGCCAAAACCAUAGCACGGAUCGAAGGAUUUGGUGCACUUUACUCUGGCUACAAAGCCACGAUAUUCCGUGACGUUCCAUUCUCGGCGCUUCAAUUUGCGUUCUAUGAGCAGGAACAAAGGCUUGCGCGCGACUGGGUGGGAGGCCGUGAUAUUGGGAUUGCUUUGGAGAUACUUACUGCCACGUCUGCAGGUGGCAUGGCUGGUGUCAUCACAUGCCCGCUGGAUGUUGUCAAGACCAGGACGCAGACGCAAAUCACUAGCGAAGAUCCCAGCAAGACCAGCCAAGCGGCUCAUUUCGAGAAGACGGUGAAGGCUGCUCAAGCUGUCAAGAAGGGACAGACCCGGCUGCUACAUUCCGGACCACGAUCUGUGCCAACUGAAGCACCAGUACUGGACACCUCCUCGGUUUUCACAGGCCUGAGACUUAUAUACAAGACAGAGGGGUUGACUGGAUGCUUUCGCGGUGUAGGUCCGCGAUUCGUCUGGACAAGUGUCCAAAGUGGCACGAUGUUGGUCUUGUAUCAAUAUCUGCUCAAGCAGAUGGAGGGUCUGCAGCCUUCAGAGGGUCCAAUCGUCUAA